AUGGACAACGUCGACGCAGCACCUAUAAUAUCAUUAAACACUGGUACACCACAGAAUGAGAAUCCAGACUCAUUCAAUAUACAAGUAAAUAAUUCGGAAUUAAAUGAUCAAGCUGUUAAUUCUAGCCCUAAAUCCUCACUAUCUGGAGAUCCUACAAACCUUUUUGAAAAACUUAAUGAAUCGAUGAAAGUUCUAGGCAGAAUUUUUAGUAGGGAUAACGAUGAAAAAUCUUCCGUCGAACACGAUAUUGAUGUAAUGUGUUUUAGUCCAGGGCAUGAGUAUAUUGUAACAUGGUGUAAGGAAGAUGGUGUACUUGCUGUUUGGACGUUUCAGUUGAAUUCAGAUAAAAUGACCGAUAUUUUUGCAGUCAAAACACCAUUUAAUAAAACAAAUGUCAAAGAUACAUCCAAGAUAUUUUUAUCAGUUGAAGAGAAUGGUGGACAUGCUAUAAUAACUAAUAUGUCAAUUGUUAGUAAAAUCGACGAAACUGUAUCUGAUGAACCUAACAUAGAUUUGGAGGAUACUAUAUUCUUAGACAAUGUACCAGAAGUCUUACAAUCAGGAUCUUUGAUUUGUGAAGAAAUAUCUGGAUUUAGUGUUUGGGACUUGGAAGGAACAUUAAAGCAAUGGUUUUAUAUAGAAUGCCCUUUAGGAAGUAAAUAUGACAAUUUAUAUGCUAUUUCACAACAAGGAAAUUUGGGAACGUUGUGUAUUUAUCACGUUCCUACAGCUCUAGCCGUUUGUAACAUUGAAGUUUCAAUUUACGUUUUCCACAUUUCGUUCUUACAGAAAAAAGAACAAAUUUUUGUAUGUUUAAAAGAUGGUGAUGGUGUCACGUUUCAAUUAUGGGAUUGCUGGAGUGGAUUAAUGGUUUAUGAAGAAUCUUGUCCUCAUUUUGAUUAUGCUCGACCAUUUUUAUUUUCUCAAGAUAUGUUUGUUCAAGCAAUUGGAAAUGAGCUCACAACUCAUUCAAUAUUUAUUGAUUAUUUACCAAUUAGCGCUAAGUCAUUGCAAAAACAUAGUGUCCUUCCAGAUCCCAUGUUCAAAUUAUCUAUGGAAGUUGAAUUUUUAACAGAUAGAAACGUACGUUGGUGUCACAUUCGCGAUGAUGAGAAUAUUUCACGUCAUAAAUUCAUUCUUGAACCAUGGAACAAUUCGGAUAACCCGGAGGUGUUUUUAGAAUGGUUGGAUUCGGAGAGGAAACGAUUUAUUAUUGCGGGGAAGCAUAGUAUGCAGGUUUAUAAGAUAAACAAAACAAGCAAAUUUAUGAGUGUCGAAUUACAAUAUAUAUGGACGGUUCCAAUAACACAAUGUGCUGAUAUUCUGUUCGUUUCUUUAGAAAAUGUUAAGAGUUCAAAGUAUGAAGAUGACCAAGAAAAAGUCUUAAAAACUAAUAUUCGUGUUGAGCUUACCAAUAAUUACACUGCAAUAAUUCCUCUCCCUGAAAUUGAUAAGAUAACAUAUAGGACAGUUGCUGAUGCAUGCAUUGCCCUCAAUUUUUUGCAGACUCAUCUCGAUGAUUAUAGAAAUUAUUUUUCUCGAUUAGCAAUUAGAGAUCAAUUACGAAAGCUAAUUUCUUCCUCUGUCACGCAAUAUCCAUCUGCAUUCAACAAAAUUGUACUGGAUGAAGAUAAUUUCGUUUACCCUAUGAAAGAUUUUAUUCUUCUCUCAUUUGAUGAUCUUGUGCAUAAAGUUUUAGACGCUGACCGGUACAUUCCGUUAUAUCAUAACAAUGAACAAACUGAAAGUGCAUUGUCAUUAUUGUUAGAACUUCAAAAAUCAGAACUUGUAGAACGUCUAAUUGCAUACAUCUUUCGUCAUCUACGACAAAAUUCAGAUAAAGAAGAGGUUCGAGCUAAACAAUUGGGAUAUUCAUGGACCAUUUGCAAUGUUCUAUUAGAUUUGUUUAAAUAUUAUCCGGACAAGGGAGAAUAUAUUAUGAAAGAGUCUAGUUAUUUUACAACUUCCUUGGAGACUCCUGCUAGGUUCUUGCCAACCGAUUUAGGUGAUCCGUUUAAAGAAGAGGAACGUAGUUAUAAUAAUGAAUUGGCUACGCUUGUUCGCGAUUCUAGAUUACCACCAGAGUACGAAAGGCUAUACUUGGAAAGAGCACAGAAAACUCAUCCAGCGAAACUCUGUGUUGUACCUUGGCCGGAUUUCUGUGUUUAUCCUUUACCAUCAUAUAAAUCUAACUCUCGAAAUUUGUGGGAACGUAUUAAGAGAUUUUGGUCUAUUUACGUAUCUCCUAAUGCUAGAAGUCCUUUCGCUGAGAUUGCGUUUAAUGGACCCCCAGAAAUGUUUGGUGAAAUCGCCAUGAAAGCUAUCAUCAAAUUCAACCUAGCUGAUGACCUAGUUCCACCUCCAGAAGGAGUUAGAUGGCAAAAUCCAGCAUUUUCGACUUGUUCGAUAAUUCCAUUCGUUUUUCUGCUUCAAGAAUUUAGACAAAUGAUGGGUCGAACAAAGUAUUGGUCACAUUUUUUCAAUUAUGCUGAUUUGGCAAGCUAUAUUUUUCCACUUGCAACUUCUAUUAUGGUUGUCUGGGUUAGGGAGGAACCUCCACUUUGGUUAAAAAGCUAUUCUGUUUUGUUGUUGUGGGCCUUUGCAAAUUCUUUGUUUAUCUUACUUCGCACCAUGCCUCAAGAACAAUUAGUCCCAUCAUAUCAAGGAGUAAUUAAUUCUGCUUCUGGAGGUAUAAUAGGAAAUAUUUCAAUGAUUCAAAUACCACAGGAAGGAACAAAUAUGUGGACGAGAUUUGAACAGUCAAUAUUCGCUACAUAUUCUUUCUUGGGAAUUGUAAAAGAAGCCCGCCGAGCACACCUUCGUCAACGAGCACAAAUAAUAGCAGAAAUAGAACUAUUUCUAUUAGCCACUUCAUAUCGUUAUAAUUCUGAUUGGUUUCCACAUUUGAUAUAUUAUGAAGCUCACGCUGACUCAGUCGUCAGGUGGAGACGUAAAUUGGAUGAAGAAUCCGGUGAAGUUAAUGUUAACUUUAUUAAAAAUGAGAUAAAAUCUCUCAAGGCCGAAUUGCAAAACGA